AUGGCUGCCGUCGACGAAAUACCCACGUUUGGAGCUGAGCUCAAAGAUGGGUUCAAGCCUGCCAGCGCCUGGGCUGGCCAUGGCAUUGCCUGGCUCGACGACAUCCAACAAUUCUAUCGCGAACGGGCCGUUAUCGAGAAGGAAUAUGCUGCAAAGCUUUCUGCCCUGGCCAAGAAAUAUUUCGAGAAGAAGAAUCGCAAGUCGUCACCUCUCAGUGUUGGCGAUACUCCGGCCAUGACACCGGGUUCCCUAGAAAGCGCUUCUCUUACAACUUGGUCCACCCAGCUUACGACUCUGGAGUCGCGCGCUGCCGAGCACGAUCGCUUUGGAAACAGUCUCGUCUCACAAGUUGCCGAACCCAUGAAACAAUAUGCCACUCGAUUCGAGGAGCUGCGGAAACGUCAUGUUGAAUACGCAGACAAACUUGUCAGCGAGCGCGAUUCGUCCUAUGCCGAUCUGCGCAAGAUCAAGGGCAAAUACGAUGCCGUGUGCCAAGAAGUCGAAACUCGUCGCAAGAAGUCGGAAUCCCAUUAUGACAAGGCGAAGGCACAGAGCGCAUACCAGCAACAGGUUUUUGAGAUGAACAAUGCCAAAAACGCAUAUCUGAUUGCAAUCAACGUUACCAACCGCCUCAAGGAGCGAUACUACCAUGAAUACGUCCCCGAGGUUAUGGAUAGUUUACAAGAUCUCAACGAAUUCCGUACUUUGAAACUCAAUGGACUUUGGGAGGUGGCGACCUUGUUGGAGAGCGGCUUGAUGAAGGAAUCACACGCGAUGAUGGAGGACCAAUCGACCCAAAUCAAGCGCAACCUGCCGCAUCUCGACUCUAUGAUGUACAUUCGCCACAAUAUGGGAGCCUUCCAUGAACCCUCAGAUCUCGUAUUUGAGCCCAGUCCGGUGUGGCAUGACGACGAUGGCAUGGUGAUCGACGCUACAGCUACGAUAUACUUGCGCAAUAUGUUGACCAAGUCAAAGGCAUCAUUAGGCGACCUGAGACGGGAAGUGGACAAGAAACGAAAGGACGUCGAAAACGCUAAGCGCGUUAAGCAGCGCGUCCGUGACGGCGCCGAAAAGAAGGAUGAGGUGGAAGUCGUUCGGGUACUUUUCGCAAUGCAAGAGGUCCUUCACAACCUCGAUCGCCAGCGCCUUACUGCCGAAGUCGAGACAUCCACCAUCACCAGCGUAGUGGGCGACGUUACCCUGGGCGCAAAGAACCACAACUUCAAGAGCCAGACCUUUAAGAUCCCAACUAACUGCGAUCUCUGUGGCGAGCGCAUUUGGGGUCUCAGCGCAAAGGGUUUUGAUUGCCGGGAUUGCGGCUACACCUGCCACAGUAAAUGUGAGAUGAAGGUGCCGGCUGACUGUCCCGGUGAGAAGAGCAAAGAAGAGCGUAAGAAGCUCAAGGCAGAGCGCCAGGAUUCCGCAAACAAGCUUCUGAAACCAGUCGCUUCCGGCUCCACGUCCAAUGUCUCCAAUGUCUCCAAUCCUUCCGAUGGACCAGACCUCAGUCGGUCAAACACCAUGAACUCUCUGAGCUCACGCGAGGCGCAGCGAUCAAUAUCCGGGCGCUCAGCGACUCCCACUGAGGAGUCUGCACCAGCGCCUCGUCCGAGCGUCUCUUCCACCACUAGCACAGGCCCGGCACGGAAGAAUAGGAUGAUGGCCCCGCCGCCUGCUGCUUAUAUCACGGAUAAGUCAGCUGGCUUCGGUAUGAACGGAGGUUCAAAGGAGGAGAAGAAAGGAAAGAUGAUGUACUCAUUCGACGCCACCGGCGAUGGAGAGCUAUCGGUCCCCGAAGGCAGGGAUGUCAUCCUGCUUGAUGAAGACGGUAAGUGGAAAAAUCAUGACUUCCUACAUAGCCCCUCUGGGGCCCUCUGGGGAAGGCAGUGUGUGGCGAAUAAGGCUGACAUGACGACAGAUGGCUCUGGCUGGGUUAAGGUCAGGUGCGGAGUGAAAGAAGGGCUUGUCCCUGCCGCGUAUGUUGACUUCACGGCUGCCCCGGCUCCCGCGGCCGCGUCCCCCAUACCAUCGCCAACCGCUUCGACUGCCAGCUCAGUAGCGGCCGCAGCGAAAAAGAAACAGGGACCGGCAGUGGCGCCCAAACGAGGGGCAAAGAAACUUCGAUAUGUCGAGGCGGUUUACGAGUACGUUGCCCAAAGCGACACGGAGCAUAGCAUGGUAGAAGGAGAGCGGUUCGUACUCGUCAAGGACGAUCCUGGAGAUGGCUGGGUCGAGGUGGAGAAGGCAGGUGUCACUGGGAGUGUUCCUGCAAGCUAUGUCCAGGCUGUUUAG